GUGGUGGGAGAGCAUCUUACAACAAAACCCUAACAUUUCCCGUAAAACCCUCAAGAGUCGUCGCGAGAGAUCCGUGCUCCGGCAAUCGAUUUGUUCUGGUCUCCGUGCUUUAGGGAUUCCUCCUGUUUGCUCUCUUUCUUCUCUUCUUCCCAUCCGUUUUACCCUUUCUUUGUUUCUCUUCGUAUCAUCCUGAAAUGGAAGCCCUCUGCAGAAGUGAGAGCAGUGGAAUUGCUCUCGAUUUAGUUUUGAUGUCUGUGAUUGAAUCUACGGCGAUGGAAAUGGUUUUGGAAGCUGGAAAGUUUCUAUUUUGGCUUCUAUGUGUGAUUGAAUCUACACAUAAUGGAGCAGACUUAUUUGGCGGAGGAUGCGAGAUAAUCAAAGGGUUUCCCCUAUCAUCUCUAAGGAGGAUCAAAGGUGAAUCUAUGCCCGAGAACAAGGACGAUGGCGAGUCAGAUGAGGAUGAUGAGGAUGAGGAUGACGAGGAUGGUGGGGAGCAAGAUGAUGAUGGUGGUGAAGAAGAUUACUCCGGCGAAGAAGGGAAUGAAGAGGACGAUGAAGAGGAUGAACUUGAGCCGAAUGGCGCUGGUGCAGGCGGAGCUGGUGCAGGCGGAGGAAGUGAUGAUGAUGAGGACGAUGAUGAUGAAGAUGAUGAGGAGGAUGGUGAGGACGAGGAUGAAGAGGACGACGAAGAGGAUGAGGAAGACCAACCUCCUCCUAAGAAGAGGAGGUGAUCUAGUGACCAUGUUAAAUGGCUCCAUCACCAUUAGCUCUUCCCCAUGCGCAAGGAAUUGUCAUUGUGGCUGUUGUUGUUAGAUUAAGGUUUUUUGUGGCUUUGCCUUAGAUUAGGAUAAGUUAUUCACAUUUGGGGCGGUACUUUUAUCAUCUAUCUGACUUCUUUGUAGUUUAUGCUCCUUAUUUAAGUUUUUAUCUUGAUGAUUUUAUAAGACUAUUGGGUAAUGGAUGCAUGUCUUGUUUUCAUUAUUUUAUCCA